UUUUUGUGUUUUUUUUUUGGUUUCUUUUCUUUUUAAAAGAGAAUUUUUGCUCAUGUCUAUUAAUUCUUUUAACUUUAAGAUUUGUAUACUGGUGGUUUUAAUGUCUUUAUAACUUAUUAUAUAGACAGCUACAUAACUAUAUAGCUAUUUACAAAUGUGACGCUUUGGAUAUUCGAAUUGAAAUUAAACAUAACCAAAGAGCCGUCUUUAAACUGAAAGAUUGGAUUGAAGAUGUAUCAAUCUUUAAGUCAACUAUGGCUACUCUUAUGGAAAAAUAUUCUACUACGUCGCCGGAAUCCGAUGGUCCUUGUCAUGGAGUUAAUUUUGCCAGUUAUUCUCCUUAGUCUUGUAACAGUCAUGAGGUUAGGAUCACUGCCUUCAAAAAACCAAGAAUGUCAUUACCAAAAGUGGUCAAUGCCUAGUGCUGGAGUAAUCCCUUUUCUUCAGUCGUAUGUGUGUAACAUAGACAAUUACUGUUUUAAUGAUGUGGAUAGUCUUAAAAGUGUUGAAGUAUCUGCUAAAAGUUUUUCAGCCCUAACACAAGAUGUUUUACCUUUAAUCUCUUCGGAUGAUACUCUACAAAUUCUUACAGUAUCUAAUAAAAGCAGUGGUUUACUCAACUUGUUUAAAAAUGUUAUUGAAGACAAACAGUUGUUAUUUGACAUAGGUGAGCAACUCUACAUAAAAUAUUACAUCAGAAAUGAAACGGAAUUCAAAAACAUACUUAUGAAUAAGUAUCAAAUCUUAACAUUAGAUGAAGUCAAUGAAAUAAUGAUGUCUAAAUUGAAUAUUGCAAAGCUGCUGAAUAUGACAGAGAUUACAGACAUCAAAACUGUUGUCUGCAAUGAUGAGCAGUUUCAGUCUUUCAUCAUUUUCCCAGAAAGCUCAAGAGCUCAGAAUAUUUCUACUGUACUUUGUGAGUUAUAUCUACUCAAUGGAACAGAGCUGAUAAAUGAGGUUUUCCAAAAUGUGAAUUUUUCUUCAGUGAUUAGAGCCAUAAAACUAAUUGAAGAAAUAAAAGAUAAGGGACCAUUGAAAACAAAUUUAACUUUCAUAUUAGAUGAACUGGCUAAGAUGUAUGACAUUGUACGCAAUGAAGAAGCUUUUCUAAGAGCAGUGCAGGUUUUGUUUGAUCUACCAAACGUUAAUGACCUUUUGAACAUUGUACCCUUUUUAGUAGAGAAUAGGAAUGAUUUAAAAGAUUUGAUUGAAUUCACAAGGAAACUAGUGCAUAGUUUGAAUCCCAUCAUGUUUAGUCUGAAGAUGGAUAAUUCAACACUAUGGAUUAUGCUGCAAAAUAUGGCACUGUUAGGGGACUAUUGGCAGGAAAUCAGUGAUGGCACGUGGAGUCAUUCUACUGCAGAUUUUGUCAAGCCUCUUGUUGUUAUUGUGAAUAAUAUAAAUCAACUAUUAGUUGACAACACCAGCACUAUUGGAAUCAACCUUAUUAAGCUGUUAGCUGAUUCAAAUUGGAUAAGUUUUACAAAUGAACUAUCCACCUUCAUAAGAGCUCUAACAGUUAGCAAUGGAAGCACAAUCAACAGUUUAAUUCAACUGGUUGAUUUUGGCCCAGAUUUAACAAAAGCACUUAAUCAAGUUAUAAUGAAUGGCAAUUAUACUGAACUGGAAUUGCUUCUCACCAAAGCUUUUCUAAGCCUCAACCUUCAAGACUCCAUUGGCAAUCUAUUGCUUACGUCAUUCAGAAAUUUAAUUUUAGCAGUUCAAAGUUCAGAGUCUUUUACACUUUUCAUCCAACAGCUGAAGUCUGUGCUACAAAUCACCAGCUUCAGUUUAUCUACUAUGUGCAACAUAGAAGAUCUAUUGAUAAGUCAAACUGACCAAACUGUCAAACAAGCUUUGUACCUGAUUAUUGAAAGUUUGAGUGCUCUGUCAAACAUGUUCAAAAUACUUCCAGAACUUGAUGAUCUAAGCUGUACUUUAUUUAAUAAGACUGGGUUAAAUGUGAUUGGUUUCUUGAAUAAGUUGACUGACAUUGGCUUUUGGAAUGACUUGCAAAAGAGUGUUGCAGAUUUCUCUAACCCAACACUAUCACUAAACUGUUUAAGUCCGGUUGAGGCUGUUACUGUCAUAACUGAAAGUAUUGAUAACACCUUUACAAAAGAUGGCCUUAAUAUAACCAGAGUGAUUCAGUGUUUCAGCCCAAGUGAAGGACAGAUUGUAAAUAUGCUGACAUCCAUUAGCAACUAUCUGGUGCUUCUUAAUGAUUUGGUGAACAUACUUCAGAAACCAGCAGUUGAAACAUUUGUUACUGAUCCUGAUAUAAUACCAUUAUUUGAUCUUAUGCUAGAUAUAGUGUUGUAUAGCUCAAAAGAAAAUGUAGAUGUACGUCCAGCAAUGCUGCAUGUGUCAAAUCUACUCAGAUCUGACAGGAAUAUAACAGAAUUUCUUUUGAAUCUGGGAUUAUCUCAACUUGUGGUGGACACUUUCCUUACUGCAGCUGUACAUACAAACCAAACAUUCUUUCUCCAACAGUCCAUACUUGAUAUAACAAAUAUUUUGUGUAAUCCUCUCAAACUUGUAAAAGUAAUGACACUAUCAGUAACUGCUCAAGUUAGUCUUAUCAACAUCAGCAGCUCUUUCUGUAGCAGUACACCUCAAGGAGUAGUUAUUGCAGAAUAUUUAAAGGAUUCUUCACUGUCUUCUGCUGUCAUUAAUAGUCUCAUAACAUCAUCACCAAGUAAUUUGAUUGAUACAAUCAACUCUGUCCUGCCUGUUGUGAGAGAUCUUUUGAGUGAAUAUUUUGAUGUUAUCAAGUUUUUCAUUACUUCCAUCAUUGAGACCAACAUCAUUGUUUUUCAAGAUAGUUAUAGUGUUGUAGAUCAACUUCUUCAAAACAACACCAUGACUGCUUUGUCUAAUGAACUGCAGCUAUUAAUGACAAAACUUGUUCCAGUAUUUCCUCCUAAGUUUACAAGUGUGACAGUAAUGUCCUCAAUACAAACUAUUUUAAAUGGACUCAUUGAUGCAGACAUUCUAAAAGGAUAUUUGUUGCCUGAAAUUCAAGUCAAAAGUAUGCUAAAAUAUCCAAUGAAUACCACAAAUUAUUUUACAAGUGUUUUAGGAAUUACUGAAAAUGUUGCCCAAGAAAUUUUAAAUGCUGUCUUUUCUUCUGGAAUACUUCAAGGCCUUGCUAAUUACAGUAGCUACACAUGCAAUGAAGUAUUGAAGAGACUUGUGUUUGUUAACGCUACAAAAGCCACUCUUCAGAAUGUCCAAACUGAAAUAUGUGCUUUGAAUACUUCACAAGUUGUAAAGCUUUUAAAUGUUUUAAUCCCAGAGCUUGACAUUAGUGCCCUGAUAUCCAAAUAUGUGUCCUACAUUUCUGCUACAAUGCUUCAACAAACCAAUGUGACAAGUAAGGAGCUUGAAGGAUUGGCUAGCACUGUCAAUAAAGGAGUUAGUAGUUUUGUAGAGACUUACCAACAGCUAAACCAAAGUCAGAGCAAAAUGGACAUAGUGCAACUUUUUUUAGCUUCUUCAAAAAGUAGCAUGACAUCUUUCGACAAAAUAAGUCACAGUCUUUGUGGUAAAAAACUUUCAGGUGUUUCAUUGCUCACAUCUCUUGGGACUAAUCUACCUAUUGUAAAGACUUUGGUUAACUCAAUCCAGACAGAAUUUGCAGGCUUAAAUAAUGAUAUAAGUGGAGCUUGUCAAGAUUUAUUCAAGACCAUCAGUGAUUUAGAAUUAGGAAAUGUUUUGUGGAAUUAUUUGAAACCAGUUUUGUUGGGUAAAAUUCUGUACACACCAGACAAUGAACUUACUAGAACAAUUUUAUCCAAGGCAAAUAAAACUUUUGCUUUAGUUGGAGAAUUAAACAGGAUUGCUAAAGCCUGGGCAGAUCAAGCAGGAAAUCUGCAAGUGUUGCUAGACUUUAUCAAAGACAGUAGCCCAUUUAAAGAUGCCCUUAAUAAUGAGGCCAUUCAAGAUAUUCUUAGAGCAACUACAGGAAUUGAACCAGAGCUUCUUCUCACCAGUUUGUCUACAUUAGAAAACACAACUUUUAGUAAUGACAUCUUGGAAACUUUGCAAUCAGUUGCAGCAACGGUGGCAAAUUACACUUCUUGUAUUCUGGCUGACAGAUUUCAACCUGUGUCCAAUGAAACUGAAAUGGAAAAUAUGGCUUUCCAGUUAUCAAAGUCAAAAACUUUUUUUGCUGGCAUUGUUUUUUAUGAUGUUGAUGAGAGUAACAAUGCAACCAGACAGAAGCGUCAAGCCAGUAAAUACAUAAUACCUAAACAUAUAGGAUAUAAAAUAAGAAUGGAGGUUGAUAGUGUAAUGGACACAAAUUUAUUGAAAGAAAGAAUUUUCACCAUGAGUUCUGAAUCCAGUUUUAUUGAAAAGUUGCUGUAUCUCAGAGGCUUCAUUUUUCUUCAGGAUUUGUUAGAUUCUGAAAUAAUAGAGCUUCAUAAGAAUCAAAGUUUUUCAAGCCCAGCUAUAAAUCUCAUUCAGAUGCCAUUCCCUUGUCAUCGUGCUGAUGGUUUUCAAUAUUUUUUAGGAACUUAUUGUGUGCCGACUAUGUUAUGUUUUGUUUUUCUGAGUUUACUUGCUGUUGCCACUUUCAACUUGGUUUCUGACAAAGAGAAUGGGCAAACUGAGGCCCUUUGUGUGAUGGGAAUGUUGAAAGGUGUACACUUUCUUGCCUGGUUUCUCAGCACAAUGUUUAUGAUGUUAACUGUUGCCAUUAUCAUGGCUGUGAUGCUCAAGUAUACCAACAUCUUCAUCAACAGCAAUUUGUUCAUCAUGUUCCUUCUGAUGGCUUGCUUUAGUCUCUGUUCCACCAUGAUGAUAUACAUGGUGGCUGCAUUCUUCACUCAAACCAGCAUGUCCUUUUUGUUUGCCACAGUUCUUUACUUUUUGCUUUUUUUACCUUUUACCCUUUUUGUUAGUCUUGAGUAUCAACUAACAAGUUGGCAAUUAAUAUUAGCGUCUCUGUGCUCCACUUCAUCAUUUGGUUUUGGCAUAUUCAAGAUUUCAAUUCUUGAGGAACAAAAUAUUGGAAUUCAGUGGUCUAAUAUCAAUGUUUCUUUAAAUGAGCAACCCAGUUUUGCUUGGUCAAUGUAUUUUCUGUUGAUAGACAGCGCUAUUUUUUUCCUUGUUGGAUGGUAUGUUCAAGAAAUUAAACCAGGACAUUAUGGUUUGGGAGAGAAAUUUUAUUUUCCCUUUCAAAUGUCUUAUUGGAAACGUUUUUUCAAAUACAAACUUCCUACUAGAGAAAUGACUGGCAGAAUGACACACACAGAAAGUAAUUGGUAUGAAGCAAUGCCUGCAGAUGUAAAAGUUGGCAUAUCUGUUGAAAACAUCAGCAAAGUAUACAAUAAUAAAAAAGUGUUAGACCAACUAGAUCUACAGUUCUAUGAGAAUCAGAUCACUUCACUCUUGGGACAUAAUGGAGCUGCCAAAACUACUACUAUUAAGAUCAUCUGUGGUUUGCUGAAACCUACUAGUGGUCAUGUGUCUUUCAGCAAUAACUCUUUGUUAGGACUAUGUCCUCAGCAGAACUCUUUUUUUAAUUACAUGACUGUCAAAGAAAACAUGAGGUUUUAUGCAGGAGUAAAAAAUAAUAGAUCUAAAAACAAAAAGAUCAUAUCAUUGGAAAUUUACAGACUAUUGAAAGAGGUAGACCUAUGGCAAAACAGAAAUAUCCCAGCUAGAAACCUAUCAUAUGGCAUGAAACGACGCCUCUGUGUGGCUUUGGCAUUUGUUGGGGGAUCAACAUCAAUCAUUUUAGAUGAGCCUACAAGUGGAAUUGACCCUCACACUCGGAAACAUAUCUGGAAUUUAUUAACAAAAAACAGGACAGGUCGAACUAUUGUGCUCUCAACCCAUCACCUAGACGAAGCAGAUUUUUUAAGUGAUAGAAUUGGAGUCAUGCAUCAAGGGAAGUUAAUUUGCUGUGGUUCUCCCACAUUUCUUAAACAGUCUGUUGGAGGUGGUUAUCGCCUUACUAUAAUGAAGGCAGAUCAGACAAGUUUGAGACAGGAUCAACCACAAGAAAUUAUUGACCUUAGAUCCAAGAGUUCAACAGCAGCAAUUACAACGUUCAUUCAAUCUUUAUGUUCUAAUGCAACUCUUGAAGAGCAAGCUGGAUCUGAUUUGAUCUUUAACUUACCUAAAGAUCACAGCUUGAUUGUACCAAUAGAUGAAUUUUUCAGAAGAUUAGAUCAAUCUGUUAAUCAACUAAAUAUUGGUAGUUAUGGAUUGUCUGACACUUCACUGGAAGAGAUAUUUCUUAAACUGACCAAGUCUGCUGAUCAAGAUUUGAGCAAUAAUACUCAAGCCACUAAAACAAAAGUCCCAAAUCAACAAUCUAGCAGAGUUGACUUUGAUGAUGGACAAUCAAGAACAGGCUCUCUUGAUCCUUUAUGUGAUAUGAACUACAGAAGAACUGGUAUGAAAUUAAAGUUGGUUCAUAUUGAAGCCUUGAUCCUGAAGCGUCUUCAUCAUUAUCGUCGCAAUUGGAGAAUGCUUGUAUUUUCUAUAUUUUUGCCAAUGAGUUUUGUCUUGCUUUCUUUGAUAUUCAACUCAUUUAGACCAGAUGACCUAGACCCCAAGCCACUGCUAUUGGACCCUUCAAUUUAUGGCUCUGGAAUAAAUUCAUUUUACCAAGAUGCAGUGAAAAGUGAUAUGACUAAUAAAUUAGUACAUGAACUAGCGGAUAAUAACAUUGGGUAUGGUGCUGCUUGUAUGAAAGAUUGGCAGCAGAAAUAUUUCAAAACUAACAAGUGUGUGUCCAAGUCUCCAUGGUACAAUAACUCACUGCCAAUGUAUAAAGUGGAAUGUGUAGACAGUCUUCAAACCUUCACAUCACAGUCAACAAACUAUUUGAUUCCAGAAAAACAUGUCCAGGCUGACAAUUUCAUUCAGAAUCUCAAUGAUUGGAGUAUUCCUUCUUUUUUAAUCAACACAUUUGAAAUGUACAAACAAAACAGGUUUGGUGGCUGGUCAUUUGAAAGUUUGGACAAGAAGGAUUCAUUAGACACUUAUGUCUGGUUCAAUACAAAAGGUUAUCACUCAAUGCCAUCUUAUUACAAUGCUCUCACCAACACAAUCCUAAGAGCUCAACUUCCUGAUGGCAGAAACUCUUCAGAAUAUGGAAUCACAGCAGUGAAUCAUCCAAUAAGAUUAUCCGGAAUUCAGUUAAACUUUAAGUCUUUGAUCUCAUAUACAACAGAUUUAGAAGUGUCUCUUCUUAUGCUGGUGGCUUUUACCUUUGUUCCUUGUGGCUGUGUUCUUUUUGUUAUCACUGAAAAAACUAUGAAGGAAAGACAACUUCAGAGUAUCAGUGGCAUGACUAGCAUUACUUAUUGGACAGUUACCUUUAUUUGGGAUAUGUUCAUGUACUGCUGUACAAUUUGUUUGGGAGUUAUUUGGAUUGUGCUCGUGAAGCCAGAUUCUUUUUAUUUGAAAGACAAUUUAGCUGCAUUUUUUGUGGCCAUUCUGCUUUAUGGUUGGUGUAUGAUUCCCUUGGUUUAUAGCGUGAGUCACUGGUUUAACAACGGAGGCAAGGCUUACUUUAGUAUCUUCAUUAGCAGUGUUCUGUUGGCCACUAUUACUCUUGUCUCCUUCCUGACCAUAACAUUUUUUUCUUACAUGACAACUGGAUACAAAGUAUUAAAAUAUCUCCUUCUUAUAGUCCCUCAAUUUAGCAUUGGUCAGGGGCUAACUGACAUGGCAACCAAUACUGCCCUAUAUAACAUUUUUAAAAGAUAUAAUGAAGACAGAUUUGUUAGUCCAUUUAGUACUGAAAUCUUAGGUUGGAAUCUUUUGGCAAUGGCUUUGGAGGGUGUUAUUUUCUUUGUAUUAAAUCUUCUUCUUGAUGGUGUCCGACAGCCUGUUUUGAGUCUUGAUCAAGAAAGCAGUUUACUUGAGCAGACUUUGUCAGAAGAUGAGGAUGUUAUUAGAGAAAAAGAAAGAAUUCAACAAGGAUUAGGAAAUGAUUUGCUGAUUGUUGAUAAUUUAUCAAAGGUUUACAAAAAAAAUGGAAGAAAGUUUUUUGCUGUUAAUCACAUUAGCUUUGGUGUGCCCGAAGGACAGUGUUUUGGUCUUCUUGGUGUUAAUGGAGCAGGAAAGACAACUACUUUCAGAAUGUUAACAGGGGAUUGUCUACCUUCAUGUGGAACAGUUAUUCUUAAAGGGGAAAGACUCUCAAAGAAAGAUACACAUUUUGGACAAAAUGUUGGUUAUUGCCCACAAGAAGGAGGACUUGAUGAAUACUUGACAGCAGAAGAAAUGCUUUACUUUCAUGCUCGUCUACGUGGACUCCAUCCAUGGCAGACUGAAAUACUUGUAAAUGAGCUUCUGGUAGAACUUGGCUUAACUCAGUAUGCACAUAAAGCUGUACAUACUUACAGUGGAGGAACCAAACGAAAAUUAGCUUUAGGAGUUGCUUUGCUGGGUCAUCCACCAAUCGUAUAUUUGGAUGAACCAACAACUGGUAUGGAUGCUGCUACUAGAAGGUUGGCUUGGAAAUGUAUUGAAAAAGCGACAAGAAAUGGACAGUCAGUUAUACUGACAUCUCAUAGCAUGGAUGAAUGUGACACCUUGUGUUCAACUCUAGCCAUCAUGGUGGAUGGUGAGAUCAAAUGUAUAGGAAGUCCACAGCAUUUAAAACAUAAGUUUGGUGAUGGAUAUAUUGUGACUAUUCACAAAGGCAAUAAACUAUUAACAGAUAUAUGUCAUGACUUUGUAAACAGAUUUACAGGCUCAGAAGUUAUAGGCAAACAUCACAGUUGUGUCAAACUUCAAGUUCCUUUUACCUCCUUUUCUCUUGCUAAUAUUUUGACAUAUUUACAAGCUGCACAAGAAGUUCAAAGUAUCAGCUUCUAUUCUGUAACUCAGACAACAUUAGACUCAGUUUUUAUUAAAUUUGCACAUGAACAAUCAACAGGCUAUGCAAAUAACAUUUCUGACAAACAUGAAGCCUCCAAAUCAUCCAGUCAACCUUCAUCAUCAGACUCUGGCUCCACAUUUUCUAAGGAAGUCUCCACAUCAGUGUCCAAUAGUGAUUUGGAAAAUUUGUCUGGCUUUAAAAAUCCAGCAUUUCUUGGACACAUUAGCACUAAGGUAGAAUCGUCACCAGCUGAUACUAACAGUAGGAGACGAUACGUUAGCAUUAUCCCCAUUAAACCUCAGAAGUAGAACAAUAAUUAGUAUUAAAAUCUACAGACACUUUCCUCUUCUGCUGUACCUGAGAUUAUAAUAACUGGAUAUUGUGAAGAAAAAAAGAGAGAGACAGAAUGAAAACACCAAUAUUUUAAUUGUUUUAAAACUGAGUUUAUGUAAAUCUCCAUUUUGAAUGUGAAGAAUAUCAAACUUGUAUAUAUCAGUGCUCAUUUUGUUGUAGCUUUUAGUCUUUGUUCGGAAUAGUAUGUUAUUUUUAAUUGGAGUUUAUUAAUUGAUAUUGCCUUAUCUUUUGUAAGAAUGUUGUAAAUAAUUGUUAAACUAUUUAUUAAUAUUUAACAAAUUAAUAAUGUUCAUAGAAGCUUUAAAAAUCAACUGAAUUUGGUCACUUUCUAGUAUCAUUUUUCAAAAAUGAUUUAAAAACAUUUCUCUGAAUUCUGAGUUUACUCUAUAGUAAUGGUGACUUCUAAGAUUUAAAAGUAGUUGUCACUUACCUUCAUAACUUCUGGGGAAGGCAGGGAUUGGCAAUCAUUGAGUAUCUUUCCACUACAAACUUUUUAUGUAUCACAUGUUUUUCUUCGCAAGCAGCAUAAUGGUGAUAAUGAAUGUGAUAUUAUUAUUGUAGUGAUAUUUGAAUCUUUUUUUAAUAUGGUAAGACUAGAUCAAUAAAUUUGAUAUCUACUGGUUAAUUUCUAGUUUGAAUGACAAUUGGUCCAUUGUUAUAUAACAAAAAUAGACCGCCGGUGAACAAUGGCUUUGUCAGCACAAGAUGUGAAAGAAUAUAUGCAUGUCACAACUGGGUUUGCAUAAUCAUGUGAAACACUGCACUCAUCCUUAAUCUUCAGAAUCGAAGACAAUUAAAAUUUUAAAAGAUAUAUAUAGAUAUAGAUAGAUAUAUAUAUAUAGAUAGAUAUAUAUAUAUAUUUUUUAUUUUUUUUUUGUUAACCAAACCAAAUACUACAAAAAUUAUUUUUAAUGUUUCAAUAUUAUAAUGAAAUGAUCUGUAGUCAUUUUUCGACUGAAGGCGGCCAUACAUAAUAGAUAACCUUGGUUAGGCCAAUAAUAGAAUAUGCAUCCUCCGUUUGGGACCCCUCAACUCAAGAAAACAUUAAGAAACUGGAACAGACACAAAAUAGAGCAGUGAGAUUCAUAACAAACGAAUAUUCACAUUUGACUAGAGUAACACCUUUAGUAAAAUCACUAAAUUUAGAAAGCCUUCAGGACAGAAGGCUCAAAAGUAAAGUAGCAAUCAUACAUAAAACACUGAACCAUAAUCUUCAAAUACAAAAACAAAAUUUAAUAAAAUACUCUGAAAGACACAAAGAUAAAGGCACAUUCCUCGUCCCAUAUGCUAGGACAAAUUUGUACAAAUACUCCUUCUUCCCUAGUGCUAUUAGAGCAUGGAAUGGGUUGCCUGAGCUAGCCAGGAAAACCAGUGACUUGGCAGAAUUUAAGUCAUUGGUUAAUAUGCAUGACUAAAUGCAUGACGCGUAGGACGUAAUCAUCUUCUUUUUUGAAGUAACGUCUGUAUUAUAUAAGAUAAGAAGAAGAAGAUAAGAUCAUGUUUUUUUUUAAAGUUUUUAACAUGCUUGUGAAAUACUUUAAUAUUUUUUACAGUCAUGUAUGGAGGCGCGGUAUUCUAUAUUAAUAUAUUUUUUGUAAAUCUGAUGUAUUCUAUAUUAAUAUAUUUUUUGUAAAUCUGAUGUGUUUUUUUGUCUCUCUACUUGUUAUACUAUUUUGAAGGCUGUAAUAAUUGUUGUAUAUUACAUUGAUUUAUCUUUUUUUACAUCAAAAUUUAUUGAAACUUGAAAUAUUUUAAAUUUCAUUAUAACUAUGAAACUAUUGUUCCUAGAUCUUUGGUGUUUGGCAUCAAAUAGUAUUGGAUACAAUUAAUUUUUUUAAAUAUUAAAUAUUCUUCCAACUA